AUGGAGCCGAUUAAGAGAGCACGAAGUGAUGAUUUGAUUGAAGAAUUACAUAGAAAAAUUAUAGAAAUAAAAUCUGUUGAAGAAGAACUGAAGAGCUUAAAGCAAGAUUACGAGCAAUACUUUAAAACUUUUCAUGGGCUUGAAGACCCUGAAAAAUUAUAUGAUGACUUAAAAACAAAAUUAAUUAAUGCUUGCUCUUUAGCAGAAAAUGAUAAAGAGAUGAUACAUUUAUAUGAAACUCAUAAUGAAAUUCGCCAAGACUAUAAUAGAUAUAACUAA